AAAAGUCAAGAGCAGAUGUGCAUCCAUCAGAUAUCAGAGAAGAGCUGUGGUGGAUAUAUAAUACAACUAAACAGCAUUUUACCGGCUCACUAUGGACGAGCAAAGAUACCCGGUCAAUAUUAGGCUUGUUGGUGUGAUGCACUUACAAAGAAAUAAAUUGUACAUGACUACUGUUCUGUGGUCAGAUCAAAAUGAGAUCACUGUCUACAGGUCCCUUAAAGACUUUCAAAAUUUGCAUCGACAACUCAAGAAGAAAUUCCCUUCAAAUCCAAUGAAACGUUCGGAAAGGAUUGUUCCCAAGUUUAAAGCGGUACGAGUCAUUAAAAACAUGCAGAAGUGGAACCCGAGCAAGUCGGUGCUCAGGUUAAAAGCUCUGGAUGAAUAUUGUACUGAAUUACUCAAGAGUGACGCUCGUAUCUCCCAAAGCCCUGAACUCAUGCAGUUCAUCCAACCAAAUCCACAGGACCUAAAUUCAGACUUGAGAAAAAACAGUAUCGUGAUCAUGCCAUCAGAGACGUCUUUGGGUACAAAUGGAGUUAAAUCUUCAGCCGGGGACAUAACUCAACCAUUUGUUACUGAAAUGUACCGAUGCUUGGCUACUUACGAGACCAAAGACACCAAAAACCGACCCUUUAAAGUCAAAGCAGAUGAGAUUGUGGACGUGCUCAUCAAAGACAAAGGAGGAUGGUGGCUGGUGGAGAAUGAAUCGAAAAAUCUGGCCUGGUUUCCAGCUCCAUACUUAGUGAGGGCAGAGAACGACGAUGAUGAUGACGCUGAUGUGAUACAGGAUGAAAGUGUUCUCUAUGUUGUGUCCCGAAGUUACAAAGCCACAAACAGUGAUGAGAUAUCUGUUCAGAUUGGUGCGGUGGUGGAGGCAUUACAGAAAUCUGACAAUGGCUGGUGGUUAAUCAGAUACAACCAAAAGGCUGGUUACAUACCAUCUAUGUACCUACAACCUUACAACAACCCACUGAUUCGCAUCACGCCAUUUCAGAAGGAGAAAUCUAGCUCCACCCUUGACCUUUCAACCCUUCAGGCUCCCGGUGUCUCCGACCGUGAGCUCAGUAAAUCCCAGGGCAACCUGUAUCUGCCCUCAGGAACGGCCCUGACCCCUGGAGAUAAGCAGAUGUCACGUUCACUGGCCGUACUCAGGGAUACGAGCAAAAGGCACCAGACUCCACCAUCCAUCCGCGUUGAAUUUGCCGAGAGCGGUCCGCAAGGCAGUCUGAGUGAUGACAGCGAAGAAUUCAGCUUCAGUGAUGACGGCAGCUCUUCAUGCAGCGAUUCGCUGGACAGAUCCUUCCGGAGUUAUACCCCAACGUCCAAGACUUCAGGCAACCUUAGCCCCGAUAGUGCCAUCCAAAUCAAGAUGACGGCCAGCAUAUCCGAUCCAUGCCUCACCAAGAUGCCCGGCACACCCAAAGUACCACCCAGACCCAAAGUUCAAGAGAUACUCAAUCGCUGCACCACUGUCACUUGCAAGAACUUGGUGAGAACCGGUUAGGAAAAAAACAGAACUCAGAAGAAUGGCAAUCUGAAUGUGACAUUGCCAGGAAUACAGAUUGGUUUGCUGGAGUGAAAGCUUUGUGUUACUAGAAACAUGUAUGAAACAAAUGUGUUUAAUUAUACUUAAUACGUUUCACGCAUUGCUGAAAUACUUAAGUUGAUGGGCAUUAAUCAGAAUGAAGCUUAAAGAAAGAUUCUUGCAAUUGAAUGACAAUUGCACAUUUAUGCUAUUUAUACUUCGGGGCGGUUUCCCAGGCAGGGCUUAACCUAAUGCAUAUUUGAGCUGCUUUAAUUCAAAAGCAUCUUGCACCGACAUAUCUUAACAUACAUCAGUGCCAUUGUUUUGUCUCAAGAUGCACAUCAGUAUUGUUUAUUGUAAGGUUUGUUUGUUCAAAAACUACUUAUAUAACUAAGGCCUAGUCCUGAAUUUAUCUAAACCCUGUCCGGGUAACCGCCCCUUAAAGUUUAACUUUUUAUCUUGGUAUAGAGAAUAUAACCCUACUAAAGCUGUAAGUUAUGUAUUUUAGAUGCAAUUCUGUCUGGAUGAUAACAGAUUAUUUUUUAACUAAAUAGAAAAUGAGAGAAACAGCAUGAAUAUAAAUUUUAUAUUGUUUAUAUACUUUUUCAAAUAUUUAUUUAUUUCCAAGAUCUCUCCUAUUUUUUCUUAAAAAGUUCCUUCCAUAGUGGAAAUUAUCACCUGUGCCUCAUAUGCAUUAUAUACCUGUACAUGUAUAUACAUGAAAAUAUUAUAACCUUGAGUCUGUUGUGUCUGUACUGCAUGCAAUAAAUGAGUUAUCAGUU